AAUUAUCUUCGACUGCAAACCAAAAUUCAGUUACUUAUUCAUCUAGUAAUUACUGUAGGUGAAUAGCCUGUUUUCACUUUAGAAACGUUAUACACAUGUUAAAUAUGAGUCUUACAUCUGAUACCUUUGGUAAGCUUGUUACUUUUUUUUGCUGGGAAUGGCUAAUUUUUUUAGGAUGCUUACAUUUGAUAACUUUGGUAAGCUUCUUACUAUUUUUUGUGCAUAUUACUAUGGUAGGCUUAUAAAUAAGAGUCCAUCUUUAGUUUAAGUAUGCCAUAUAAGGAUAUUUUAGAAUUGAAAUUUUAGUGUGCUGCCAAAAGCCGGUAUGCGUUUUUCAUAUUCCAUUCUUGGCAAGGACAUAUAUGGAAGGAAAUGGAGAAUGGCCAAUCAGCAUACAAGACUUGGGUGGCCCUGAGCAAUCAGCAAAGGCAUCACGGCCCUAUAAAUAACUGUGUUUCUCCCCUAAAUUUUUCCAUCCAUCAUCAACAUAUCUCUUUUCUCACUGUUGUUUAUCUAUGGCAGGAAUACCAAGUGCAGGCCGCAGAAGGACUCAGAUCAGGAGGAUUCGAAGCGCAAAUGCUCAACAAGUUGCGUUCUCCAAACGUCAUUCUGGCCUUGUCAAGAAGGCUAGUGAGCUCUGCACCUUAUGUGCUGUUGAGGCCGCUUUUGCUAUCUUCUCUCCUGGUGUCAAAGCCUUCUUCUCAUUUGGCCACCCCUCUGUUGGCCCAGUUGUGAAGCGGAUUGCCAACUUUGGGACACCUGCAUCUGAUUCAAGUCAGAAUGUCCCAAAUGAUGAUGAGGCCACUCUGUGUGAGCUUAACAAACAGUACUCCAAUCCGCUCCAAGAAUUAGAAGCUGAGAAAAAGUGGGCCGAGGAACUCAAGAAGAUGAGGAUGGAGGGCCAGAAAAAGAGAGGGUUGAUGAUUAGAACAGUUGAGGACCUCAGUUUGGAGGAGCUGGUAAAAUGGAAGUCAACGCUGGAUGUGGUUCUUGAGAAACUGAAGAAACGUGUGCAGGGGCUUUCGGUUGAUGUUGCUUCACCAACACCAACCUCUAUUGGACUAAGCGAUGUCUCUAUUUGUGACCCAGAAGAGGAUUCUUCUGCUGAUUCUUAUGGCCAUGACAUUGGCCAUGAAGAUUGAUCUGGAUCAGUCCUUGGGGGAGGUCUUGUCUAAGGCACCUUCUGCUCAUAGAUGUCUUGAUUUAUCAUUUUAUAUGUGAUCUGGUCAUUCUUCUCCCCUCGUCGACGUUGAUCCCAAAUCGAGAUGUGGAAAAAAUAAAAAUCAAUCAUAAUA